AUCUUGUGCCAUUGUGGGCUACUAAGUUCUAACACCUUCACCAUAAUUAGUUGUGAGAUCGCAUUCAGACCAACCAUGUAUUGUUAAAUACGAAUCACAAAUGACCAAACUGCCCUCCAUUUUCAAUUAAAUUUCCCUUGAUUGCAACCCCCCCCACCCCAUGAUCUAGGGUUUCCUUCAAUACCCAGUUGGCACAACUGUAAGCUUUUCAAUCUUCUGUUGUUGGUUACUUUGAUUGCUCUGUUUCUGAUUCGAUCUCGUCUCUGAUUGGUCUGAUUUUGGUUGUUUAGUUUGAUAUUUGUAUAGGUUUGAUAGCCUUUUGUGUGGAAGGAAGAUUCUAGAUUGACUUCAUUUUUAUGGUUAAUGUAUAGUGACAAUUGAAUUCAUUGUUACUGAUGUAAAGUUAUUUGAUAUAUAUAUAUAAAUAUAUAUAUAUGAGAUGGUGAGUAGAUUGUAUUGGGGUUCAUCUGGCUAUUUUAGGCAUUCCACUAUGAGAGUUUUGAGUUUGGGCAGACCAAUAUUUGGUGUCCAUUUUAAGAAUAAGGUUUUUCAGUCAAUCAAUGGAGUCAUUGUAAUUGGGUCAUUUUUAUCAUUCAUUUUAGCUAUGUUUUAUGGGUACUUGUAUGCAUUUCCGAGUUUUCGCCCGGUUAUUCACAAUAAUGAUGGUUAUGGGAUUCCUCAGUCCGCUGACUCGAAUGGUGAGUGUGAUUUGUUUGAUGGAAGAUGGGUUGCUGAUGAAAAUUACCCUUUGUACAAUGCGUCGGGAUGUCCUUUCGUGGAACAAGGUUUUGAUUGUUCAGCUAACAGGCGGAGAGAUACAGGGUACCUUAAAUGGAGGUGGAAGCCCAAGAAUUGUGAGCUCCUAAGGUUUGAUGUGCGGGCAAUUUUGGAAAUGCUUCGUGGUAAACGGGUUGUCUUUGUUGGUGAUUCAUUGAGUAGGACUCAAUGGGAGUCUAUGAUAUGUCUUCUCAUGACUGGUGUGGAGGACAAGAGGAGUGUUUAUGAAGUAAAUGGGAAUAGGAUUACAAAACAUAUUAGGUUUUUAGGUGUUCGUUUUAGUUCCUUCGAUUUUACUGUUGAGUUUUAUCGUUCGGUUUUCCUGGUGCUGCCUGGCUCGGUUCCAAAACAUGCACCAAAGAGGGUUAAGUCAACGGUUAAACUGGAUAAGAUGGAUGAUAUGAGUAAAGAGUGGAUUGAUUCUGAUAUUCUGAUCUUCAAUUCAGCGCAUUGGUGGAAUCCAGCGAAACUUUUUGAGAUGGGCUGCUAUUUCCAGGUUGGUGGAAGGAUGAAGCUUGGAAUGUCCAUAACUGCUGCCUUCAGAACUGCAUUAGAUACUUGGGCAUCUUGGGUCGAGAACAUGGUCGAUUCAAAUAGAACACACGUAUUCUUUCGGACUUUUGAAGCUUCUCAUUGGAGUGGUGGAACACGUCAGAACUGCAAAGUGACUCGACAACCCUUAUCAAAAACUAGAGGCAGAGACCGUAACCCAUUUUCUGACAUCAUAAUGAAGGUGGUGAAGAACAUGACGAAACCUGUGACAGUCCUGCAUGUUACUCCCAUGGGCGCAUUUCGUAGCGAUGCACAUGUGGGUACUUGGGGCGACAAUCCAUCUGUGCCUGAUUGUAGCCAUUGGUGCUUACCUGGAGUACCUGACACAUGGAAUGAAGUUAUUUUCUCGCAUCUGCUUACACAGAACAGGGUUUCCCUUCACUGAUAAUGGGAAUUCGCAAGUAAAUUUUCUUCUCUUCUUCAUACUUAUAAUAAUCCUACCCCUUUCUUGUUUCCUGUUAGCUUCUACUUUACUCCGUCUUCCAGUUCAUGCGUGACUUGAGGGAUAAAUACCUGUUCUUUUAUUCAUCAUUAAAUUUCCUUUUCUGUGUAGAUUUGGCUUAAUGUGGUGAGAUGUCACCUUUCUUAGGAAUUCUCCCAAUUUUUUUUUUUUUUUUUUGAGAGUUGGUCAGUACCUCGUCUUUUAGAGCUGCCUUAUUCCAUAAGUUGCUUUCCACCUAUAUCCUAUUUGAAAUAAUCUUGUAUGUCAACACACGUGCAAAUAAAACUAUAUCAGUUGUAAUAACAUUUUGUAUACUCAAAACAAUGUACGCUUAUGAUUGUAUAUAUAUAUAUAUAUAUAUAUAUACACACACACAUAUAUUUUGGUUUCUGUUUUUUAAGUACGUUUGGAUUGUUACUGAAGGUUGAUUAAUGAAUUUAUGGCGGUAGUUCUUGGAAAUCAUUAAAGAGAAAUUCUGAAACAAAAGCCUGUGCUCAAUUUUGUGUACCUACAAGUCGAAAGUUGAAACUGUAAAAGGAGUCACUUAAAAAAUCUUGAACCACCAAAGAGUACGUUGCAUAAUUGCUUUUAGUUUGUGAAGAAUGUAAUAUAACAACAAUCAUUGGAAAGUUAAAGAACAGCUCUGGCUCUGUUUGGAUGAAAAUAGAUCAAAAAGUCGCCUUCUCUUGUAUUCUCGUAGAACCAAAUUUGUUAGAUUGCUUAAGAGUAGUGACAAACAAAAUGCACACCCAAAUGCUCAACAAAACUUCCCUUGGAAAUUUUAAUUCUUUUGAUGUAAAAAACAAGCCUAGUAAGAUAGGUAAGGCAAGGUUUUGAGAAGUGUUUUCCACUGCAAUCAAUGACAACAUCACUACAAAUCUUAGCAUGAGAGUCAAGUCUCAAUAAACUUGAAAGCAUUGAGUUACACAACAUAAUCAAAUCCACACUACAAAUAAGCCCCCAGAAGUAGUGUUUCUCCACAUCCAGUCAAUCCAAUAUCUUCAUAAUUUUCACAACAUUCAAAUGGCCUCUCCGUCAAGUAACUUGGACUUCCCACAUUUUUCUCCACCGCCACCUCCUCAUUUCGUUCCACCACGUUCGCCAGACCACCACUCUACAGUUAUAGUUAUUGUGUUUGUCUCAUUUGGCUGUCUCUGCUUCCUAGCAUUUCUGGCAGUCGCUCUUUUUUGCUUCAUCAAGAAGUGGAAGAAGAAGAAGACGGUACAGGAAACUGAUUUCAUACGUACUGAUGAACAUUUAAAGAUCAAGGAGGCCAUUGUUCACGGCCCACAUGGACAAGACGCUGUCACGCUAUCAAUUGAUGAUGAUGUGCAUGUUGAUGAACUGAUCAGGAAGAAUGAAGUUUUUGGUGAAGGUAGGCAUGCUAAAUCUGCACAUAACCAACCUAACCUUCCUAUUACCAUUGAGGAGGUGCCAUCUCCUUCCAGUUCAAGUCAGCACCAUCUCGAGCACAAAUCUUGAUAACGUAAUUUCCGAAAUGGUAAAAGCUUGAAAAUAAAUUUUAUAAGUUCCUUCCUCUUCACUUUGUGGACCUUAUGCUAAAAUUUGAAAUAAUGUGACGAACGUCAACUAUUGGAUUACCGUGCUAUUCGAUUGUAUUUGUUUGUGAAUUCGUGAUUAUUAAGUCGCAACAACUGUGUUUCCUGUUGAUAUAAAGAAUGAAAUAAAUGUUUUACCUGAGCUC